GAUUGGACCCGGGCCUGAUUUAAAGCAGGUCCUCCUUCUAGGAAGAAGAAGAGUCUGAGUUGCAGGAUGUGGGGGCUCCUGGGUCUAUGCUGUGCUAUGAUGGCUGCAGGUGCAGCAGGUGCUCCAGUUCCCUCCACACAGGAGGCUUUCAAGUCUGUCCCAGGUGUGAAUUCUACUGCAACCAACCAGAGUGCAGGUAAAGUGGCCUCAGCGCUUCAGCUCGCCAAUACCAGUGCAGAAACGUUACCAGAGCUGCAGAACGACCUCUCUGUGGCUGAAGGAGACAUCUUGCUGUCGGACGACAGGAAUGCUGUGAACAUGCUGUGGGCCCAGGGUGUCAUCCCAUACACCAUCAGCAUGGAGCUGGCUCACAGACAGUCGGAGAUCAAAGAGGCCUUCUCGAUGAUCACCAGCGCCACGUGCAUCCGCUUCCAGGAACGAACCUAUGAGGCCAACUAUCUGGACAUCAAGGAUGGAGACGGUUGCGCCUCCUACGUCGGCUGCAGUGGAGGAGCCCAAUCGGUCUACUUCGGAUCCACGUGUUCGGUGGGGAACCUCUGCCAUGAGCUGGUGCACGCCGUGGGCAUGUAUCAUGAGCACACCCGGUACGACCGGGACCAGUUCAUCUCUGUGAUCUGGGAUAACAUCAAACCAGGCAAACAAGGAAACUUUGAUGUGAAAAUGGGAGACACCCUAAACCUGCCGUAUGACUUUGGAUCCAUCAUGCACUACGGAACGUCUUACUUUAGCAAAGACGGAAGUCCAACCAUCCAGCCCAAUGAAGGAGUGAACAUUGGUCAGAGGAAACGUCUGAGCCAACUGGACAUCCAGAAGAUCAACACUCUCUACCGCUGUGGCUCCAAAUACUGACAUCACAGAUGUGGGGGGGAGAUGGUCUAAAUAAACUGCUUUCUGGAUCUGUUAACCUGAA